CGAGUUCGUUUUCAUUGAUCUCAACACUUAAAAAACUAUUUCCUUACAUUUUUUCUGAUCUACGAUUUUCCAUAAUCUCCUCAACCUCAUUCACCAAUUCUGACGAACUAUGUCUUCAAAAGAGGUUGAGAUCGAGGAAAGCACGUCGGAACUGAAACACCUAAGGUUUUUGAAGGAGAUUGCGCUGAAAUUUCUGGCCGUACUGUCGAAUGUGUAUGAUUUUGCAAAAGAAAACGUCGGCGUCCUUGAAACGAAGAUUGUUUCUGUGGAAAACGCCGUCGUCUCCGCCGUGGGGCCGGUGUUCAACAAGCUCAAGGACGUGGCUGAACAGAUUAUUGUGUUUGUUGAUGACAAGUUGGAGAAAUACGCUCCCAUCCUCGCCAAGAGCCUUAUCGACAAUAUCCAGUCCCUAAUCGACAAAAUCAUACCUUUAGUCGAGGAACUCCUUACCAAAGCAAAAUCCCUUCUUACACCGCUCAUCACCACCGUGAUUUCUCUUCUAAAAGAAGUCAUCAAAACCGUCAAAUCUCUCCUCCAAAAAAUCCUCACCAUCAUUGAAUCCUUACCCUUUUUCGACAAAGCCGAAGCUCUCUUCGAUAAAGGUCUUGACACCAUCAAAUCGUUACCCCUUGUCGCCAAAGCCCUAUCCCUCCUCCAAAAUCCGGCCGACUUAGCCAAGCAAGCCCUAGACACCACCAAAUCCGUGGUGGGCGGUAUCCCGGUGGUGGGCAAUGUAGCACAAUCUCUACUAGACUUGGUGGAUGACAAUCCCGUACUCGGAGUCGUUAGCUCAGCCGCCCAAAACAUCGUAAAACAAGUUCAAGCCACGGGUUUAAAAGCCACAUUGAAAUCCGCUUAUUUGUCAUUUAAUGUUGUGGGGUUACCGGUGAUCGCUCAAUUCUGGUAUAAAGCCAACACGUACCCGUUGUUCCACUCGUUGGCUGAACUGAUUCUUCCGGUGGUCGAGAAAUUAUCGGAAUAUUAUAAUAAAUUAGUGAGAUAUAUGGAUGGACAGGGUUAUGAGUUAUUUGAUUAUCUGCCGUUGGUUCCAAUUGAUGAGAUGAAGGCUGCAUAUAAGGUGGUGAAGAUGGCAAUGGAUGGGUUAUCAGCUGUUGGGGAUCUGGCGGGGGCUGUAACGGGGAACAACAAUAAUAGUAACUAAGAGAAUUAAGGUUUAAUUAUUAUGAUAUAUGAGUAUUCAAGACGAGUGAUUUCGAAUUUUCUUUCUACGUAACCUAAUAUAUAUUGUA